AGCAGUUGUCUCCCAUAAUACACAUAGUACACAGCAGCCUCAACGAGAGCGCGCAAUCUAUCUAUAUAUAUAUACACAAAUAAUACACACAACAAUGGCAUGUACGUAGCUAGUAGCGUAGAGCUGAAUCGAAAGAAUGAAAGUGUUGGUUUCGGCGGUGUUGAUCGCAAUUUCACUCGCGCUUCACGCUUCCGCUCUCAAGCAAGGAAAGACGUGUUUGGUGAAUAGCAACUGUGAUGAGGGCUUGCAUUGUGAAGCCUGUCUCGCCGAUUCUAAACUUAGGGCUCGCUGUACGCGUAUCAGACCUCUUAUCCCCACUACACAAGUGCUAGGAUUGCCGUUUAAUCGCUACUCGUGGCUAACCACGCACAAUUCGUUUGCUAGAUUAGGUGCUAAAUCAGCUACCGGAUCUCCUAUAGUAGCUCCCGAGAAUCAGCAGGAUAGCGUCGCUAGUCAACUCCAAAAUGGUGUUCGGGGAUUGAUGCUUGAUUUGUAUGACUUCCAAGAUGAUGUUUGGUUAUGUCACUCUUUUGGUGGAAAAUGCUACAACUACACUGCUUUUGUACCUGCAAUCGUUGUUCUUAAAGAGGUUCAAGCAUUUCUAGUAUCAGACACUUCUGCGAUAGUCACUCUUAUAAUUGAAGACUAUGUUACAUCUCCAAAUGGGCUAACCAAGGUAUUUGAUAAUGCUGGACUUAAGCCGUUCUGGUUCCCAGUAUCACGAAUGCCAAAAAAUGGUGAAGAUUGGCCCAUAAUAGAUGAUAUGAUCAAGCAAAAUCAGCGUUUGGUAGUUUUCACUUCAAAAUCCAGGAAGGAAGCAGCUGAAGGAAUUGCUUAUGAAUGGAGAUACUUGGUAGAAAAUCAAUAUGGUAAGGGCGGUAUGAAGGCUGGAUUGUGUCCCAACCGUGCAGAAUCUCUUCCCAUGAACACAACAACAAGGUCACUGAUCCUAAUGAACUACUUCCCAGAUGGGCCACUUCUAACACAAGCUUGCAAGGAUAAUUCUGCUCCUCUGAUGAACAUGUUGAAUACUUGUCAUGUACUAGCUGGUAACCGAUGGCCUAACUUCAUAGCUGUUGAUUUUUACAAGAGGAGUGAAGGAGGAGGAUCCCCUGCUGCUGUAGAUCGGGCAAAUGGAGAGCUUAUCUGUGGAUGCCAAUCCAUUUCAAAUUGCAAGGCAAACGCAACUUUUGGAGACUGUAAUGUCCCUGCGCCCCCAAGUUCAACGUCUAAAGAUACAUCCGGUGCUGCUUAUGUGGAAUUCAGACCAUUUAAAAUGCUAUGCUUAUUGGGAGUACUUUUCUUGGCCGACAAGUUGAUUUCAUGAGUAGGGAUCUUAAUCUUCAGUAAAUUCAAUUCCACCAUUAGGAAAUAUAGGAAAGUGGCACUAGCAGAUUGAUAGCCGUCAUAUGUUGUAUCACCAAUUUACCACGCAAUUAUGUGUUCACACAAUUCUUGAUAUGAUUUGUCAUUAGCUUCUGAAUCUUUGGUUCUUUGUUAAUAGCAGGCACAUCUGGAUGUUAGUUUCUAUAA